UACUAGCUGCUGCACACCGACAGUAGAUAAGGCACAAGUGUAAGGUGAUAUAAGGUCAAAAUCUCAUGUCUUUCCAAGUUUCACAUCUCCACAAUAACCCUCACCUCUAGACACGUGCGCUGCAUGCGCGUGCUCCUUUCAGAGGGUUUUGGGAAAACCAAAUCACAAUCAACAAAAAUUUUCUCUCAAAAAUGUUUUCCUUCUUUUUCCUCUAAAUUCAUGAAAUUCAUCUAGAACUAGAAUCUGGGUUCUUGUUAGAUUUCUCAAUUGGAGCUCAAUUUUUGGUCUACAAGAUCAGAGAAAGCUUACUCUGUUCUGUAUAUGCUAUUUUUAGAAGAAGAAAAAAAAAAUGAAAUCAGCUCAACAGAAGAAUUAAAUGUGGGUGAGAUCUGUAUUAAAUUUUAGAUUAUGCUGUUAAGAUUACAGAUUUAAGAAUGUUGGAUUAUAGAUUUAGCUGGGGGUAAAAAGAAUUCACCAAUCUCUUUCAGGGUUUCUUUCACCUUUGGCUAUCUAUAUAAUGAAGUCUUUGAAGUGUUUUAUGGGUUGAAGUGUUUAAUGGGUUUGGGGUUUUAUAAAUUCUUGAUUGAGAACCCUUUUUUUCAUUAAGAGGAUUUCAUUCAAGAUUAUAAUGAAAGGGUCUCAAAAAGAGCUUCUAAUUUCUGAUCAAAUCAUGACUACUCCAAGAAAUUCUUCUUCUUCUUCAUCUUCUUCAACUAGAGGUCUUCAAAAGUUAAUGGUUUGGUUAAUCCUCUUCAUUUCAUUAACUUAUUUAGUUUAUACAUUGAAAUUGGUUUCAUCAUCUUCUUCUAAUUCAUCUUGUAUUGAACAAAUUCCUACAUUGAAUCACAUUCAUCAUCUUCUUAAUUCUUCUUCAUCCUCCAUUAGUACUGAUAAUGAGGAUGAGGAUGAUGGUGUUGGCAUUACAACAACAAUUUCUAUCCAAAAUCAGAAUCAGACUAGGAGUUCUUCUAAUUCUUUGAUUGAAAGGGUUGAAGCAAAAACAGGGUUGAAGCACAUUGUAUUUGGAAUUGCAGCAUCAUCUAAGCUCUGGGAAAUGAGAAAAAAUUACAUUAAGUUAUGGUGGAAGUCAAAUGAAAUGAGAGGGAUUGUCUGGUUAGAUAAACCUGUGAAACUAAGAGGAGAUCAAAGUGGAAUUCCACAGGUGAAAAUCUCAGGUGACACAUCAAGGUUUCCUUACACUAACCGGCAAGGUCACCGUUCAGCAAUUCGGAUAUCAAGGAUUGUAUCUGAGACAUUGAGACUUGGUUUAACAAAUGUUAGAUGGUUUGUAAUGGGAGAUGAUGAUACAUUCUUUGUUGCGGAAAAUUUAGUGAGGGUUUUAUCGAAAUAUGAUCAUAAUCAGUAUUAUUACAUUGGGAGUUUAUCUGAAAGUCAUUUGCAGAAUAUUUAUUUCUCUUAUGGUAUGGCUUAUGGUGGUGGUGGUUUUGCUAUUAGUUAUCCAUUGGCUGUUGCACUUGAUAAGAUUCAAGACCGAUGUAUUCAUCGCUAUCCGGGGCUUUACGGUUCCGAUGACCGGAUGCAAGCAUGCAUGUCUGAGCUUGGUGUUCCACUUACUAAAGAACUUGGCUUCCAUCAGUACGAUGUGUAUGGUAACUUAUUUGGAUUACUCGCGGCGCACCCGGUGGCACCUUUGGUAACAUUACAUCAUUUGGAUGUAGUUGAACCAAUAUUUCCAAAUGUGACGCGUGUACAAGCGUUGCAAAGGCUCAUGGUACCAAUGAAACUUGACUCGGCUGGAUUAAUGCAGCAGUCAAUUUGUUAUCACAAAAAGAAUCGGUGGACUGUGUCUGUUUCUUGGGGUUACGCGGUUCAGAUUUUUAGAGGUGUUUUCUCACCACGUGAGAUGGAAAUGCCUUCGAGAACUUUUUUGAAUUGGUAUAAAAGAGCAGAUUAUACUGCUUAUGCUUUCAAUACAAGACCAGUUGCUCGAAAUCCAUGUCAGAAACCAUUUGUGUUUUUCAUGGCUAAUGCUAGAUUUGAUUCUACGUUGAACCAAACGGUGACCGAGUAUGUGAAGCACCGAACUCCACAACCAACGUGCAAAUGGAAAAUGACGAGUCCAGAUGACAUAGAGACUGUUUUGGUUUACAAGAGACCCGACCCUCAUCUUUGGGACAAGAGUCCUAGAAGAAACUGUUGCCGGAUUUUAUCUACAAACAAGAAAGGAAGAAUGGUAAUUGAGGUUGGUGUAUGUGCUGAAGGCGAGAUCAGCGAAGUAUAAUAGAUAAGGGACGGUGCAGGUAUGCCAUUACGCCUCACCUGGUAGAUAGGUAAAAGAAAAAGGGAUUUUGCUCUCAUUGUUGUUGUAGAUUUAGCUGUAAUUGUAGCAUUAUGUUGGUAUAUUAUAUUUAGGUUAUUAUUGAUUUCCUUCCAAGGUCUUAUUCAUGUCUUUGUAAGGUAGAUAGAUUCUCCGUUAGAUAAAACUAUUAUUACUAAUCAAUAAUAACAUUAUAUUCGAUUAGUAUAUGAUAUCAUGGUAUGAAAAG